GUCCUUCGGGGGCUCGGGCUGCAUAGUUCGUGGAGUUGUUGUACACCGCCUAAAAACACAAAUAAAUGGACGUGAGUUUGUCGCUGAUAUUUGCACGAUACUGCGAGACUGUUGGACCAGGAGAAGCUGUACGAAAUACGAAUGAUAGUUAAAUUAUCAGGGAAAAUGUAUAUGUCAAUAUUUACAAGUGAAUGUAUUACGAGACGUCUGAUAAUAUAGAAUGAAUUACGAAGUUUAUACUUUUUCGGAAUUUAACUCUUAAUUCAUGAGUUGUUCAAUGAUAAAACAUCUCCACAACCAGGACAACGCACCCAACUUAAAUACCUGCAAUCAUCAUCAACGUCAGCGCAAUGUCUGGCGAACAGUUUUCGCUAGUAUGGAACAGCUUCCCAACAAAUUUGUCUUCGGGUUUAUAUACCUUGCUUAACGACGAACAGCUUGUCGAUGUAACACUCGCGGCGGAAGGUCAAUUUUUACAAGCACAUAAGCUGAUUUUGUCAGUAUGCAGCACUUACUUCAAGGAACUCUUCAAGAUGAAUUCUUGCAAACAUCCGAUAGUUAUUCUCAAAGAUGUUAAUUACCGUGAUUUGUCUGCUCUUCUGCAUUUUAUGUAUCAAGGUGAAGUUCGUGUCAAACAGGAAGACCUUGCCAGCUUUUUAAAAGUAGCUGAAACCUUGCAAAUCAAAGGUCUCACUAAGGACAAGAGUGAGAAAGAUAACUCAGUUACCGACAACAACGUUCCAACGCCUGGAGAGAAUCAUCAAGAACAAUCUAGGGAACUAGAGAGUAUUCUUGAAGCAGUAUCGAACUUGGAAAGAAAGUCUCUUAACGAUGAAACAUUUGUGGCAACUCUACAGGAAGAAAUUGCACCCAUCCCUGAAACUACUGAAACAUUGAAUUCGUCACAAGACCCGGUAUCUCCUCCACCGAUGAAAUCUGUAUAUGAUAAAGCUUCUGAUCAACGAAGAAUCACCCAGCCUGAUAGUAUUGUACGUGACAUAUUGAAUAGAACAUCUGAAGACUUUCAACAAAUGGAAGAGAAUGUCACAGACGAGCCAUUAGACUAUACCUCAGAUAUUGCUCGCUUGUCGAAAACGAAAAAUGAACCGGUUGAUUACACAUCUGACAUAGACUUCGACCUGGUCUGCAAUAAGGAAUUUGCUAAGCAGGAGAAUUUAGAUCGUCAGAACAGUAAUCUACAUGCACAAAGUAACUUGACAGCAAAUAAGUGUUUUGAAAAUUCACAACUUCUUACUUAUAAUCCAAGCAACCAGGAUGAACCUCUACCAUUCAGCCACUUGGAAGAAACUUUUGGUACGGAUUUUUCAUUCAAUGGAGGUAACUACAGCCGAGGCCGCAAAACAGUGAAGGGCAUCCCAGGCAGCAGUUUGCCUUUGGAAACAACACUGCGUGUUGUUUCUGAACUAGGGCCAACCAUACGAGUCGAGAGAGGAAAAGUUAUUCGCAUGUAUUCAUGUCCGUGGUGCCUGCGUCACUUUACUCGUAAAGAGAAUCUCAAAUUACACGUUCGCUAUAUUCACGGACCUCUUGAAAGUCUGACAUGUAAACUCUGUGGUAAUAAAUACAAAAAUAGUAACAGUCUUCGCGUACACUCUUAUCUCUAUCAUAAUGCAAAGAGAAACAAACAUAGUAAACCAGCACAUGCUGGUAUGUAAAAUCAAAUUUGUAUUAAAUAUGAUAGUUUUUGUAGUACUAGAAAACGCAAGACUAAUUUGUUACGUUAAACAUGUAGGAGAGCGAAUAAAAUUGUUAUU